GGUCGUCGAUCGAUCGAUUAGGGUUUCAAUUGCGCUGUAAUUUUUGAAAAAUACACGAUGAUUUACGUGUUCUUCAUGGUUUUAUUCGCCGAAAUGGCAAUCAUUCUAUUACUUAUGUUCAAAACCCCACUUCGAAAGCUUUUAAUCCUUGCAUUAGAUCGUAUGAAACGAGGGAGAGCUCCAUUGAUCGUGAAAUCCGUUGUCGCAACCAUCUUCACCAUCAUGCUCUACCAAAUUUACAACGUUUCGCAUAUGCGGAGACGCCCCGGCGAUGCUAUCGGUCCCACCGAUCAAAUCAUCCUCGCUUACCAAAUGCUCGAAGCUUCUCUCAUUGGCUUCUCAAUUUUCCUGUCGCUGAUGAUCGAUAGACUACAUCAUUACAUUAGAGAACUACGCAUGCUCAGAAAGAAACAAAACCAAACCCCUGAAGGAGGUAAGAACAAUGCUGUAGACGAGAUUAACGCCCUUAAUGAAGAAAUAUCUCGGCUGACAGCAAAGAUCAGAAGGCUGGAAUCUGAAAAUGCUAACAAGGAGAAAAAGAUCAAGUCUGCAGAAAUGGAUUCGGGUGGUCUCAAGAAUCAAUCAGAAGGAUUCCGUGUUGAAUACGAACGGUUGCAGUCCGAGAACCGAAGUCUCACGGAUGGACUGCGGACGAUCGAAGGAACCUUAUCGAAUUCUGGUGGGAAGAAGGAUAAGUGAGUUAAUAACAAAUUUCUUGAUGCAAAAGGGGAAAAUAAGUGGGCAAAUUAAGGGAAGAUGAAUGGAGUUUGUUAUAUGUGUCGAUGGCAAAGGUUGCAGUUUGCUUACAUUUUGUAAAAAUCAUGAUGGCUUGUUGAGGUUAGAAGACCAACAAACCUUUGUUUUAAUUG